GCAUUUCUACUGCAUUACUGUUCUUUUUAACACAGCAAAAGUGUUAUUUUACCUUGUUUUUGCAUCAGGUAACAACAUCGAGUAACAACAUCAGGUAAUAACAUCAAGUAACAACAUCAAGUAACUACACCAUAUAACAACAUCCGGUAACAACAUCGGGUAACAACAUCAGGUAACAACAUUAAGUAACAACAUCAAAUAACAACAUCAUGUAACAACAUCUGGUAACAACAUAAUGUAACAUCAUCAUGUAACAACAUCUGGUAACAACAUCAGGUAACAUCAUCAUGUAACAAUAUCAAGUAACAACAUCAGGUAACAACAUAAUGUAACAUCAUCAUGUAACAACAUCAAGUAACAACAUCAGGUAACAACAUAAUGUAACAUCAUCAGGUAACAACAUCAAAUAACAUCACGUAACAUCAUGUAACAUCAUCAGGUACCAGCAUCAGGUAACAUCAGGUGACAUUAAGUAACAACAUUAUACAACAUCUUGUAACAACAUCAGGUAACAACAUUAUGUACUAUCAUCAUGCAAUAACAUCAGGUACCAACAUCAAGUAACAUCAUGUAACAAAAUCAAGUAACAACAUCAUGUCUGAACAUCAGGUAACAACGUCAUGUAACAACAUAUAGUCAUGUAACAACAUAUACUACAACAGCAACAACAACCACAGACUAAAGGCUAUUCAUUUUACUACGAACAAGUGAAUUCUGGAUUUUUGUUUGAAAGUUCGUGUCCAACUAUUAUAUGAUACAUCUGCUUGCCAACUUUGUUGUUGGUGGCGCUACUGUGACCCACUGCAGUUUAGUCAACGUUAAAUUGUUGGUGUUCAAAGAUCGUUCUGGGACAUAAUAUGAGAUAAUUUUGAUAUUUUGAACAGACCCGUCCCCGCGGAGGCCGUGUGUUGGUGUGACCUGACGGAGGUCAUGAUGGAUUAGGGCGGUUUGAACUGAGACUUUGGUGCUGCUACAGUUAGUUAGCAAAACAACUUAGCUAGACGUUUUGACUCUGCCCUGCAGGUAUAAUGCAAAUUCUUGCCAAGUUCUUGUGUGUGUGUCGCUUCUUGUUUUGUCUCCCUCUGGCCUACAGGCCGCUUUUGUAGCUGCUGUUUUCUGAAGUUGUGUGGCGUUGGCGUUAGCCGUCAGCUGUCGUUCAGUGCUGCUUUUAGCUCAUGUGUAGCUAUAGUUAUUGCCUCCCAGUGGUGGAAAAAGUGUUAGGAUCUUUUCACGGUUCCUGUGGGAGUUUGAGAUCUAUGACGGAUCCUCCAAACAGCAUGGCUCCCAAAGACAUCAUGACAAAUUCCCAUGCUAAAUCCAUCCUCAAUGCAAUGAAUUCACUCCGCAAGAGUAACACACUCUGCGACAUCACUCUGAGGGUGGACAACGCGGAUUUUCCUGCUCACCGGAUCGUCUUGGCUGCUUGCAGCGACUACUUUUGUGCCAUGUUCACCAGUGAGCUUGCAGAAAAAGGGAAGUCUUUUGUCGAUAUCCAAGGGCUCACUGCAUCAACCAUGGAGAUCUUGUUAGACUUUGUCUACACAGAGACGGUGCUCGUGACAGUGGAGAAUGUUCAAGAGCUGCUCCCAGCUGCCUGUUUGCUGCAGCUCAAAGGGGUGAAAAGGGCAUGUUGUGAUUUUCUGGAGAGUCAGCUGGAUCCCUCCAACUGCCUGGGCAUCCGUGACUUUGCUGAAACGCACAACUGCCUUGACCUGAUGCAGGCGGCCGAGCUCUUCUCCCAGAAGCAUUUCUCCGAGGUGGUUCAGCACGAGGAGUUUAUGCUGCUGAGCCAGACAGAAGUUGAAAAGCUUAUCAAAUGUGAUGAAAUCCAGGUGGACUCAGAGGAGCCUGUGUUUGAGGCUGUAUUAAACUGGGUUAAACACAACAGAAAGGAGCGAGAGCCGUACCUGCCAGACAUGCUGGAGUUUGUUCGAAUGCCUCUCCUUACCCCUCGCUACAUUACAGAUGUCAUCGAUGCUGAGCCGCUUAUUCGGUGUAGCCUGCCAUGUCGAGACCUUGUUGACGAAGCCAAAAAAUUCCACUUAAGACCGGAGCUGAGGAGUGAGAUGCAGGGCCCUCGCACACAAGCCAGAUUAGGGGCCAAAGAAGUUCUGCUGGUUAUUGGUGGGUUUGGCAGCCAGCAGUCACCCAUAGAUGUAGUAGAGAAAUAUGAUCCCAAAACUCAAGAAUGGAGCUUUCUGCCUAAUAUUGCACGGAAAAGACGCUAUGUAGCUACGGUGUCUCUACACGAUCGAGUUUACGUGAUCGGAGGCUACGAUGGCCGCUCCAGGCUCAGCUCAGUGGAGUGUCUGGACUACACAGCUGAUGAAGAUGGUGUUUGGUACACCGUCGCCACCAUGAAUGUACGGCGCGGGCUCGCUGGAGCCACAACGCUCGGAGACAUGAUCUAUGUGGCUGGCGGCUUCGAUGGCAGCAGACGUCACACCAGCAUGGAGCGCUACGAUCCAAACAUCGACCAGUGGAGCAUGCUGGGAGAUAUGCAGACUGCAAGAGAGGGAGCUGGUCUGGUGGUUGCCAGUGGGCUGAUAUACUGUUUAGGUGGAUAUGAUGGUCUAAAUAUUUUGAAUUCAGUGGAGCGGUACGACCCGCACACAGGACACUGGACCAGUGUGACGCCCAUGGCUACGAAACGAUCAGGAGCUGGUGUGGCUUUACUCAAUGACCACAUUUAUGUGGUGGGGGGGUUUGAUGGAGUUUCUCACCUGGACUCGGUGGAGGUGUACAACAUCCGAACAGACUACUGGACCACUGUGGCCAGUAUGACCACUCCUCGGUGUUACGUAGGAGCAACCGUCCUCCGAGGACGACUCUACGCCAUCGCAGGAUAUGACGGAAACUCUCUCCUCAGCAGUAUUGAAUGUUACGACCCAGUUAUUGACUCCUGGGAGGUCGUCACAUCGAUGGCGACCCAGCGAUGUGACGCAGGCGUCUGCGUUCUGCGAGAAAAAUGAUGUUCUGCAAGAGCAAGAACCACAAGAAGAAAAGGACAGGCAGCUAGACUUUUGCUAAAAUGCCGCUAAAUUAAACCACAAAGGAAGACGUUUUUGUGCCAGUAUGCAAAGAUACUCCUAAAGGGGAAAAAAGGUGACGUGCAGCAGUUUGGGCUUUUUCCUCUGAAGGUUAGUUCACCUUUUGUCAGUGCGCUGCAGAGCCUCAGCCUCGCCGUGGUCAACCACACUUCACUUCCAAGGAGCCCAUCACCACUUGCAUGACUCUUCAGUGGUGUCUGUUGUUACCUGUGAGAUUAUUUUUUCAGUUUGUCUUCAAAGUGCAAUAUAUUUUUACUCAUCAACAAAAAAGGAUGGAGCAGGUUUAGGCUCCCCUUGCUGCUAAAUGCCUUAUGACUUUGGCCUAUCAUCCACCAGUGGACGUUCAUGUUGCCGCCCAUGAGAAUGAUGGUUAAGUGAACUGAUGUGCCAUUUGCAGGCUCUUUAAUGGGUCAGUAGUUCACUCCCCUCUUUUGUAACUCAUUGUGAUAAUGGUACUUUUAGAUAGAAAUCACUUUAACACAAAAGGUUUAUUACUAAAGAUAUAUUUCAAGAAGAAUAUUGUUUUAGAAAUUGACUUACAUGUACAAUCUGAUGAUUUUUCCUCUCCUAUUUGGCAAAACUGAGGGAUGCAUGAAGCCCCUCCCCCUCCAAACACACACACACACACACACACUAACAUCAUUGUUUUUUGG